UUUUACUUUUAAUGAGCGCUCACUUCUACAAGGUGUCUGGGAGAAAACAGGAUAGAGGGUGGGCUGGUUCUUGACUCUUGUCUGUGUGUAAGAGUUUGUUGUGGGUCACUCCCUCCAGCCUGCUAGGAGUCUGUGAGCAGUGCUGUUGAUUCUUCUUCCCCACUUUGAUUUCACACUUAGCAUCUUCUUCCUUCUCUUCCUCCUCCUGAGGUCAGGACUACCUGUAGCUGGUGUGAGUCAUUCUCAGGCCAAUCAGACCCGGGGACCCACUGGAUCUUUGAAUCUUUGCCUUAUUUUGUUUUUUUUACUGAUAUUGGCCUCAUCGUCUCAUCAUCAUUGUCAUCUUUGGAGUCUUCAUUAUCGUUCAUUGUUUGCAUUGGCAGGUGCGGUCAAGUGCUAUCGAGUGAAGAUGUACCUGGAGAAUAAGAGUAACCUUGAGGUGGAAAUGUCUCAGACUGGAGGUCAGGGUCACCCUAACAGGGUGGGCCGGAGAAAGUCUGAAGGUGUGUCUGAGAACUUUGAUGAGCUUCGCCUGCUGGAAGGCUUCUCUGGGAAAAGAGAGACACAGAAAUUGCUUCAGGCUUCAGCCAUGCCCACGGGAAACUGUUUAAACUACACAGACGUCCAUCAAGAGGACCGGCACAGCUUUAACAUGGAAAACCUUGUCAAUGGCAAAUCUAACCAGACCAACCACACGGAAAGGUCACCUCUUCUCAAGUUUCCCCAGAAUGACAGUAUAACCUACAAGACGCUACAUGACCCCGGUCUAGGUCCCGGAGAGGAGUCAUGGGAGGCAAGCUCUGCUGAACUGGAGAGAAGGUGCAGGCUGGGCAGUGAGGUCACCAGUCUCUCCCAUAUCACUUCGACUGAGAAAUGCGACAAUUACUUCAAACUUUCAUCCCCCAUCAGAUAUUGCUUAAGAACAACAAUACUCAGCACCAUCUUCGCCAUUGUUGUUAUCUGUUCGCUGUUUUUCAGCAUGUAUCCAGACAGGGAGAGGCCCUGGAGAAUGCUGGCGGUAUCCUCCACCGAGAGCUUUUCAAUGAACUUGACCAAUUUUCGGGACAACGCCCUGCUAAAGUUGCAGGUUGGUGGGCCGUUUUUGGGAGGGAUAGAGGAAGUACAGGAAGCUCAAGAGUAUAUUCUGAUCCAGGUGGAGCAGACUGAGGAGGCAGGGCCUAGACGGAGAAGAACUCAACAGGUGCUUUAUAACUGGACUAUACCUUUGCAUUCCCAACGAAGUGACCAGAUUCUGAAAACCAGAACAUUUGAAAUGGUUAGCAGUGAUCCUAUUCAGAUCAGCAUCCAGGCCUUUCUGGUAGACAAUCAGGUGGUCCCUCUGUCCAUGACUCACCAGUCACUCUACGUAACCGUGGAAACACAGGUGCUUAUCGCCGGAUUGAUCCUGGCAGGAGUCUAUGUUCUCAUCAUCUUCGAGAUUGUUCACCGCACUUUGGCUGCCAUGUUAGGAUCCCUCUCUGCUCUGGCCGCUCUCGCUUUCAUUGGAGACAGGCCAAGCCUAAUGACUGUUGUGGAAUGGAUCGACUAUGAGACUCUUGCUUUCCUGUUUGGAAUGAUGAUACUGGUGGCAAUAUUCUCUGAGACGGGCUUCUUUGACUACUGUGCAGUGAAGGCGUACCAGUUGUCUCGAGGCAGAGUGUGGCCAAUGAUUUUCAUUCUCUGCCUGAUUGCGGCCGUUCUGUCAGCCUUCCUUGAUAACGUGACCACCAUGAUGCUCUUCACCCCUGUUACAAUCAGAUUGUGUGAGGUGCUUAAUUUGGACCCAAGGCAUGUCCUGAUUGCAGAGGUCAUAUUCACUAACAUCGGGGGAGCCGCCACUGCUGUUGGAGAUCCCCCUAAUGUCAUCAUCGUGUCCAACCAGGAUCUGCGUAAAAAAGGGAUCGACUUUGCGACCUUUACAGGCUACAUGUUCUUGGGAAUCUGUUUGGUGUUGCUGACCUCCUUUCCUUUCCUGAGAAUGCUUUACUGGAACAAGAAACUUUACAACAAGGAAUCCAGUGAAAUCGUGGAACUGAAGCAUGAGAUUCUGGUGUGGAGGCAGACAGCCCAUCGCAUAAACCCAGCCAGCAGAGAAGAGACCGCUGUCAAGUGUCUUCUCAUGCAGAAGGUGCUCAAUCUGGAAAGCCUUCUGCGUAAGAAGCUCAAGACCUUCCAGAGACAAAUAUCACAGGAAGACAAAAACUGGGAGUACAAUAUUCAAGAACUGCAGAAGAAGCACAGAAUAACUGACAAAGUCCUCCUGGUCAAGUGUCUGACUGUCUUGGGCUUGGUCAUCUUCAUGUUUUUCCUCAACUCCUUUGUUCCAGCAAUACAUCUGGAUCUGGGUUGGAUUGCUAUAUUGGGAGCUCUCUGGUUACUGGUACUGGCUGAUAUCCAGGACUUUGAUAUUAUACUUCACAGAGUGGAAUGGGCUACGUUGUUGUUCUUCGCUGCUCUGUUUGUGCUUAUGGAGGCCAUAGCCCAGCUGCAGCUGAUCGACUAUAUUGGAGAGCAGACGGCAGUGUUGAUAAAAGCUGUGCCAGAGGAUGAGCGGUUGGCCAUUGCCAUCAUUUUGGUCAUGUGGGUCUCAGCACUGGCCUCUUCUCUCAUAGACAACAUUCCCUUUACUGCAACUAUGAUUCCAGUGCUUAUAAACCUCAGUCAAGAUGCAGAUGUCAACCUGCCCAUUAAACCGCUCAUUUUUGCAUUAGCUAUGGGAGCUUGUCUUGGAGGAAAUGGGACUCUGAUUGGAGCGUCUGCUAAUGUGGUGUGCGCGGGGAUUGCCGAACAACACGGCUAUGGAUUUUCUUUCAUGGAAUUCUUCAGGUUGGGCUUCCCCAUGAUGCUGAUGACCUGCACGAUAGGAAUGUGCUACCUGCUCGCAACUCACAUCGGACUUCGUUGGAACAUCUAAGUGUUGGCUUACACACCAGGGACCAAACAGACCUCGUGUCUGUCUGCAAGUGUGUACUGUAUGAGUGUGGAUGUGUGGUUUUGAACACAUUGGAUCUUAUUUGAAGGACUGAGGAAUACAUGCAGACUAGAGUUAACAUGCAGAGGUACAGAGAUGAUAGAUUAUGGGAAGAUCUAAGCGUGUGAUGAUUUCUCACAAACUGUCAUCAGUGUUACACAUUGUUCAGUGGUGCUACACAUACUUUUCGAUAAUGGGCCAUACGUGGUGAGUGAUGGGAUUUUCGAAAAGCCUGUUUAUAUUUGUCAAUAAGAGCAACUAACAAGAGGAUAAUAAUGAGGAUACAGUUUUG